ACUGAAUCGCCGACUCAGUCAGUACACAACCUGACUAAUACGAACUGGCAACAAAAUACAAAUACAAAAGAUUCUGUUAUUCGCACAUGUCUUCCGAUGACCGACGUAUUCAAAUAAAGCUGCAACACUAUUUUCUGCAGAAUAUGACGGUACCAUCUUUGUAUAUUUCGUUGAAUUCUCAUCAGUCACUUACAGCCUACAGAAACUAAUAACUUUGUGCACAGAACACUUUAAUGUACUUUCAAAUAAUACAUGAUGUCAGUAAACAGGGGGACAGAAACUCAAUAAACAGUGCGAAAAAAUUACACCUUUAUAGUUUAUACCUGGAGAGUUCAAGUUGAAACAAAAUCUAUUAACAAUAAAUAGUGUAACGCCAGCAAAAACAAUAUCGUUCUGUUUUUCAUUCAUUGUGAAAUACAAAGACCUUUAUUAUAAUGAAAAAUCAGUCUUUGUUUACAGUGAUAAAGGAGUUACACACGAAAUAUAAGGGAUGAGAAAGAAGACAAGUAACUAAUAAAAAGAGUAGAAAUGAUGUGAGUUCAAAUCAGAAAACAGAAAGAAAAGACAAACAAAGUUACACUUUAUCAAAGCACAGAGUGGUUAGAGCCAAAUAAUCUUGCAAUCAAAUGAAAUAGAGAAUAAAAGAGAUCCAGUUACCAGAGCUAGAAAAGACUGACAACUGCUUGUUUGUGGAAACUUAAACCAUUUCUCAAGCAUUUGAUUGUGAUUGUUUCAGUUAAAGCCUGGACAACUGAACAAUUUUUUCCGUUGAUAAUUUUUAAAGAUUUCAUAAUGUUCACUUCAGGACCCGUAUUGAUGGGAUGUAUCCAGUUUUACUAUCGUCAGCGUCUGCAUCUUUGAAACGCAGGCGUUUUGAUGCACGUUUAGAAAACUAAAAGUGUGUCCUUCUUUCUGCCAUAUGAAUAUUUUUAUCACCACAGAUAUAUUCGAAUUUGUACACACAUUUAUAGUUAGUUAGCGAGAAAGAUUUGGGAACAAAUAUGAGUUGUUCGGCUGAACCAUACAUUGUCAAGAUCCUAGUGUUAUCAGCAAAAAAGAGAGUGGAAAAUGGUGAAUGAGUGUGGUCGGAUGCUCAAGUAUUAAAUUAAACUCAAAAUACCAAAAGCAUUCUCAAUUAUUUGGAUGUUGGUUAGUCUAAUUUACUGGUGUCUGCAAAUUCAUUUCAGAUUUGUCGGUGUCAUUCUACCAAUUCCAAUCAUAACUAUGACAAACUUCUUGUCAAACGUCUUCUGUGUUCAUUUGCUGCUUGGAAGUACAGUUUUGCUGUGGUCUGUGAGCUUGGCUGCUGGCUUUGGAUCUGUUGACAUGUUCCAUGGAUUGAUAUCACUGAUUUUGACAAUUGUGAUUACAAUCACGACUGUGGGGUUGGCAUUGAAAUUACCAUCAAUGGAUGAUAAUCAGUUGGUUGUCUUUACUACAAUAUCAUAUACCAUUUUGAUUUUAUCAACUAUCUUGAUAAUAUUUAAUGUCACCAAGCAACCAAAUACACCAAUCUUCAGCAUUGUGUCGGCAAUCAUCUUUGGAUUAUUCAUAAUCUGUCUAAUAUUUGGCUUUAUGAACAACUUGGACCUGGUAGUAUGGUGGUUUUCACCGUAUCCAUCGCAAUUUGUUGAGGCUUUUAUCCUCUGGUUACUAGUGUGCUGCCUUUUCGUCAUUGUAUAUACUACUUUAAUGUUGCCUAAAAUAUGGAACAAAUAACAGGAAUUAUUUGUUUGUUUGAUAUGCCUGAGAGUGGUGUUAAACCUGGUGCUUCUGAAUCAUGAUUUGAUAUUUAUAAUUUUAUUGGUGAAAUAAUGUUAAUCAUGUUCCUUUUCUGUGACGUCAUAUGUCUUUUUGCUUGCAUAAUAACCGCUAUUCUGUUAAAGUAAAUAAAACAUCUUAAACAUUAACAAUACACAAGUAAAGAUGUAAUCAUUAAAGAGAAUAAAUUUGCAUGUACGAUUGUUUCGCACUUAUCACUGCUGAAAUGAAUGUUCAGUGAAAGAGCUUAUACACUCCAAUUGAAUUCAGACUUCUUAUGAGUUCAACAAAUUUUGGGAAAUCCUUUUUACUCGACUGAGCUAUGGAUGAAUUUCUACAGUAGACAAAUGAUCACCAGAUAUUUGGAGG